AUGCUAGCUUCACUGUUCAACCGCGGAGCCUUGUCGUUGGCCAUCGUGUCGCUUCUUGCUUCUACUGCUGCCGCAGAUGUGUUCGAACAGCUGCCCGGUAUCCCAGAAGGAUGGCGCUACAGCCGCACCCCCAAUGGAAAGCAACCCGUUAAGCUCAAUCUCGCCCUGAGCCAGCAGCGCCUGGAAGCGUUCGAGAAGACCCUCCUAGACAUGUCGACCCCUGGUCACCGCGACUACGGCAAGCACUUCCAGUCGCACGAUGAGAUGAAGCGCAUGUUGCAACCGAGCGACGACUCAGUGCAGGUGGUUCGCAACUGGCUCGAGGGCGCUGGAAUCAAUGAUAUUCACCGGGACGCCGACUGGCUGACCAUCCACACGACCGUUGAGAAAGCCAAUGAUCUGCUGGACGCAAAUUUCCAGUACUAUGUCAAUCGUCACAAGCAUGUUGAGCGUUUGCGCACUCUGGAGUACUCCCUUCCCCGGGAGGUGAUUCCCCAUGUCAACCUGGUUUCGCCCACUACUCGUUUCGGCCAGCUGAAGGCCAACCGCGCGACCAUGCACAGCAAGUCCCGAGUCGCCGAUGAGGCGUUCAAGAAGGCAGCCCUGUCUCCUUCGUCCAGCUGUGACACCGCAAUUACUCCCAAGUGCUUGAAGAGUAUCUACAAUGUCGGUGACUAUGAAGGUCAUUCGGACAAUGGCAACAAGAUCGGUUUCUCCAGCUACCUCGAGCAGUACGCCCGCUACCAGGAUCUUGCUCUGUUCGAGAAGAACUUCGCUCCUUGGGCUGAGGGCGAUAACUUUACUGUCAUCGAGUAUCACGGCGGUGGCAAUGACCAGAACUCCAUGUCUGACAGCAGCGAGGCCAACCUCGACCUGCAGUACAUCGUCGGUGUUAGCUCCCCGGCCUCUGUCACGGAAUUCAGCACUGGUGGCCGUGGCCCCCUUGUGCCCGACCUGGACCAGCCCGAUCCCAACAACAACAACAACGAACCGUACCUGGAUUUCCUGCAGAACGUUGUCAAGAUGAGCAACGAAGAGCUGCCUCAGGUGAUCUCUACCUCGUACGGCGAGAACGAGCAGAGCGUCCCUGAGAAGUACGCCCGGACCGUCUGCAACCUGUUCGCCCAGCUCGGUAGCCGUGGCGUCUCCGUCAUCUUCUCCUCGGGUGACUCUGGCGUCGGUGCUGCCUGUCAGACCAACGACGGCAAGAACACCACCCACUUCCCUCCCCAAUUCCCCGCUGCUUGCCCCUGGGUGACAUCGGUCGGUGCCACGACCCACACUUCCCCUGAGAAGGCCGUCUCCUUCUCCUCCGGUGGCUUCUCCGAUCUCUGGGAGCGCCCCAAGUACCAAGAAGAAGCCGUCAGUGCGUUCCUGCAAGACCUUGGAGACCAAUGGUCCGGCCUCUUCAACGCAAAGGGCCGCGCAUUUCCUGAUGUCGCCGCCCAGGGCCAAAACUUCGCUAUCUACGAGAAGGGCCGGCUUACCCGAGUCGACGGUACUUCUGCCUCCGCGCCCGCCUUCGCCGGUGUUAUCGCCCUCCUGAACGACGCUCGCAUCGAGGCCGGCCAGCCCCCCAUGGGUUUCCUCAACCCCUGGCUCUACUCCAAUUCCACCGCCGUUCUGAACGACAUCACCACCGGUGGAAGCACUGGCUGUGAUGGAAAUGGUCGGUUCAACGGCCCUGCCAAUGGCGGCCCUGUCGUCCCUUACGCUAGCUGGAAUGCUACCAAGGGCUGGGAUCCUGUCACUGGUCUGGGUACGCCUAACUUCGGCAACAUGGUCAAGAACGCUGUCAAGAGCUCCUGA